AUGCUCACAGGUCUUGGAGAAGCUCCAAAGCACAGAUUUGAUAACGCGGAUACUCUUUGCCUCUCAGCUGGAGCACUCAAGCGCCAGCGGCAGGGAGGCCUGAGCCUGCACAGCUGGAUGGAAACUUGGUCCCCGCCUAGCAACAGCCUCUGCAUCCUUAGCAACCUGGGAGGGAGCACUGAAGGAGCCGGUGCAGUGAUCCGCCUGACUCCGGAGCUCCUAUCGCCUGUCCUGUUCCCCGCAGGCCACCGCAGUUCUCAAUCCCCAAGAAAUGUGGUGAAAAUCAUUGGAAGUAAACACUUUCGGUGCCUUCUGGAGAAGCCAAAGAUCAAGGAAAAUGAGAACUUGAGCAGAACUCAAACAGUACUCCAGAAAUCCAUGAAUGGUGGUACAAGGCAGAUGAGCACAGACGCCCCAGUUCCUACUCAUCCUACUGAUCAACAAUUCAAUCAUGACCCAGAGGAUAAGGAAGAAAGCAAGGACCCAGAGAACAAUCAGAAACCAGAGAACAACCAGAAAGUCCUAAAAGGAGCACUCAAUAGCGGAUUUCUGGAUAGCAAAGGAGUGAAUUAUGGAAAGCUCCUCUGGUUUUUAAAAGCUGCAGCUUCCAAUGAUCCACCACAAAGCAAAGAAGCUGCAGGCAGCAACCAGAGGAAAUCUCAGGGUUGUCGUCAUCAUGGCCAAAGGGUCUUUCUUUCUUUCCUUGGGCAUAGUGCUCCUAGGCUUCUAGAACAGGUGAGUACUGCUCCUCCAGAGGCCAGCCCACAGUCAGAAGUGGGCGAGAACCUACUGGAGAUCCUGAUGGCACUAAGGACAAUCCAUGGCAAACUCAACAUAGAGGGCCUCAGUCUGAAUUUCCAGAAGGAAGACUACUCUUUCUCUGGCUCCCUGCCCCCACCAAGGUUCUAUUAUUCUGCUAUGUUCCGACCAACAGAUCAGGAGAUGAGUGCCACUGAAGAGACAGUCAGGACUAUAUAUGGAAAACAUGGAUUAUAUCUAACUUUGAGUCUCCUGGAGACACUGCUAAAUCAUCAAGCUCUGGGUUACCAUGGUGAAAUAAAAUGGCAGAAUUUUGUUGAAUUGUUGAACAAAGCUUCCUCUGAUUUGCCCACAGAGACCGGAGGAGCUCUGUGCAGUAUAUGUAUUGCCAGUAAGAUGCUUGUGUUAUUUUGGUGGAAAACUCCAGAAGAAGAACCACAACCAAAAAACCUUCCUGCUGAGAUUUCAGCCACCUAAGAUCCCCUGAAUGCUCUGAAGUUCAGGCCAGUCUCACAGCCUUUUUUAAGUCCAACCAUGAAGAACCCGUCUGAAGAAUACGAGACAUGGAUUGACAGGUUCAAGAAGCUGGAAAAUGCCCUCUAGCAGUGUGAUUGGAGUAAUACAGGAGUCCUGGAGAAGGAAUAAGCCAGAUGCCUCAUUCACAACUACAAUCUCAUUUACAACCUGUCCCUGAGCCCUCAGAAAAUUGACCAAGCCUUGAGGUAAUUCCGUGCGGGAGAAAAUCUGCUCUCGGAGCCAGCCCUUCAGUACUUAAAGGAGCUAUGA